AUGAAGCUCAUCAAAUCUGCAGGUUUGCUUAAAACUGUUACUCAUUUUUCUAAAUGCUAUGAAAUGCUAGUGAAGGAGUUUAUAGUGAAUUUGUCUCAAGAUUGUGCUGAUGGGAAAGAUGAGGAUUUUCAUAAGGUGUAUGUUAGAAGAAAGUGUAUAGAGUUCUCCCCAACUGUUGUUAACCUCUAUCUAGGUAGGAAUGAUGAGGCUCAACCUGAGCUUGAAGUGACUGAUAAUGAGGUGUGCAAAGUGAUCACUGGUGGUAAGGUUAAGAAGUGGCCCAUAAAGAGUAAACUGUCUGCGAGUUCUCUUAAUGUCAGGUAUGCAUUGCUACACAAAAUUGGUGCUGCUAACUGGGUGCCUACCAAUCACACUUCUACCAUUGCUGUUGGCCUAGGAAGAUUCAUAUAUGCUGUGGGAACCAAGACAAAAUUUGACUAUGGGACUUAUAUAUUUGAUCAAACUAUGAGGCAUGUUGGUACCUCUGCUACCAAGCUUCCCAUUGCUUUUCCAUCCCUGAUAUGUGGGAUAAUUCUCAAGCAACACCCUGGAAUUCUGAAAGCUAAAGAUUCUGUAUGUAAGAGGGAGAGUGCUUUGUCUUUCCACUAUAAGCUGCUCAAAAGGUCAGAUGACAUGACAUCUGCUGGGACAUCACAACCCAGCAAGUCUGUGAACAAAACCUUUCUCAUUGCUGAGCUGAAAGAGACUUAUAAAGAGUUGGACAACAGGAAGAUGAAGCUUGAAAAGCUCAUUCAAAGUCUUGAGCAGUCUGCAGAGGAUGAUCAUGCUGGUGGUAGUGAUGGUGAUAAUAUGGAUGAAGACAAAAAUGCUGAUAGUGGUGAUGAGGAAGAGGCUGAGGAUGGUGAAGAUACUGAAGAUGCUGGGAGUAGUGAUGCUGAUGAAGAGAAUAGUGGCUCUGGUGAUGAAGAGGUUAGUGACUCUAGUGAUGAAGAGACUGAUGGUUCUGACAAUUAG